AUGGGCUUCCGGAACUUGCGGGAUUUCAUUUUGGCAAUGCUUGGGAAGCAAGGUUUGAGGUUAUUAACAAAUCCAUUGUCUCUUGCCGCUCGUGUGUUUCAAGCAAGAUAUUAUCCUCAAGGGUCGUUUUUUGAUGCUGAGUUGGGUUCAAAUCCGAACUACGCCUGGAGAAGUGUUUUUGAGGGUCAGGAAGUUGUAAAAAUGGGAGCUAGAUGGAGGAUAGGUUCGGGUACUUCCAUUUCAGUUCUUAAUCAACCGUGGCUUCCUUCAAAGGACAAUUCGUAUGUGACUUCUUCUCAUGAGGCUCUUCGUCAUUGUUCUAUUUUCAACCUUCUACAAGACAGAAAUAUGUGUUGGGAUGAAGAAGUAUUGGAGGAUCUGUUUGAAUUGAGAGAUAUUGAUCUCAUUCGCAACAUUCCUUUGCCUUUAACUCCGACUAUGGACUCAUGGUAUUGGGCGUUUGAAGAUUAUGGAAGCUAUUCAGUUAAAAGUGCUUACUGUGCGUUGCAAGUGCUUAACGGGAGAUGGAAUUCACAAGAUAAUUUUGGUUUUUGGAAAAAGUUUUGGUAUAUAAAACUUCCUCCAAAUGUUAAGAAUUUUCUUUGA